UCCCCCUUCUCCCCUCCACUGCCAUGGGCAGGGAUGGCAGAGUCAUCCCAGGGGCUCCCAGCAUCCACAAACCAGGAAUGCCGCGAGCUCCCAAAGGCACAGCAGAAGCCAGGCUGGCGGCCAGAGCUCGAGGACCCCAUUGGAACCUGGUGGAUGUGAUCCACCUGCAGGGAAGAAGAAAUCCGUGACCUGAGCAGCAUCCCUGAGGCUUCAGGAUACCCCUGGUCCUCGUGUGCUGCUCUAUCAGUGCCCCCGGAGCACAGGGCUGCUGCUCUGUGAUUAGCACUAUCAGCCCAUCGCACGUGGCUUCCUGGCUGCCGGGUCCAGCUGCUCCCAGGGUAUAAAACCAGCUCCUGCUCACUGGGAUGCUCCAACUCCCCCCCCGUGCCUCAGAAGGAGCAUCCAUACGGCUGCAGGACGGGAUGUGCUGGCCCCAGGCACUGCUGCUGCUGCUGCUGCUCUCAGGGGCUGAUAGCAGUCACAUCGUGGGGGGCCACGAGGCUCAGCCCCACUCCCACCCGUACAUGGCAUUCCUGAAGGUAGGAGAUUCGGCCUGCGGAGGCUUCCUGGUGGCACCGGGCUGGGUGAUGACAGCGGCGCACUGCAUGGGGAACAUCACAGUGAUCCUGGGGGCUCACAACAUCCACAAACCAGAACGGAGCCAGCAGGUCCGGGGGGUCGACAGGUACCACCAGCACCCCGGGUACGACCCCAACACCUACCUCAACGACAUCAUGCUGCUCAAGCUGACGGCAAAGGCCACUCUCAACGACUACGUCAAGACCAUCCCCUUGCCCAAAGGCAGCAGCGACCUCCCCACGGGUACCAAGUGCGGUGUAGCCGGAUGGGGCCUCAUCGACGAGGAGCAGGCGACCAACAGGCUCUUUGAAACCAGGGUCUCCAUCUACAGCCGCAGGAGCUGCGUCCGCUUCUUCCCGCACCUCGACACCGGCAUGGUCUGCGCCGGCAGCUUCCAUGAGCUCCGGGAUUCCAGCCAGGGAGAUUCGGGUGGGCCCCUGGUGUGCAAUGGGGUGGCACAAGGCAUCGUGUCCUUCGGGUACGACGCUCCCCCCGGGGUCUACACCCGCAUCUCCAACUACCUGCCCUGGAUCAGGAAAAUCAUGAAGUAGCCGCAGCUCCGGUUCAUCCCUGCCCCUGCUCAAGGCUUGAGCCCCCUCCUCAGCAUCCCAAGGGACCAGACGAGCGCACACCAGGGUCCUUCCCUCCAUCCCGAGGCUGCCGCUCGUCCCGUUCCCUGCCCAUCCCGGCAGAACCAGCAUCAUCCCGGAUGGCACCUGAAAGAGGCUGUGCUAGAACAGAGCCCGUUUCCAUCACAGGUCACCCUGUCCCUGCUUGAGCCUCGCUGCACUUAACCCCCAGUAAAGGCAGAGCUGCAUCUCCCA